UUAUAUUUCUUCUAAGCUUGUACUCCAAGUAUCUGAAUAUCACAGCAGAGGCAAAUUCACAACAGGUUCUCAGCUUUGAUGAUUCUAUUCAACAUGAAUCGAUGUGAAUGUAAUUUGUAAAUACAGAAAAGUAAACAAAAACAAAGGAGUUACGGGGUGAAAAACGUGACUUUCCUCGGAAGUUUGACACUUUUAGAAAGACCGGGUAACAAUCCAAUAUGGCGGCUGCAGUAAAUUUGAGUCCCCUGCGAAAUUCUGAGUCUGUCUGAAAUUUUUCGACGCACUUUUGAUAUUUUUCACUACUGUGAAGAGCCAGAGUAAAGGCUUGCAGAGGUGUUAUAACUCAUCAAAUUCAACUAUUAAAGAUGGCUAAAUUCAUUAAAUCUGGUAAAGUUGCCAUUGUUGUUCGUGGUCGUUACGCUGGUAAAAAAGUCGUUAUCGUCAAAGCUCACGAUGAAGGUUCAAAAGCUCACAAAUUCGGUCACGCUUUAGUUGCUGGUGUUGAAAGAUACCCAUCUAAGAUCUCUAAGAGAGCUGGUGCCAAAAAAGUUGCCAAAGCUUCAAAAGUCAAACCAUUCAUCAAAACUAUCAACUACAACCAUUUAUUACCAACCCGUUACACCGUUGAUGUUGAAGAAUUCAAAUCAGCCAUCUCAACUGAAACUUUUGAUGAACCAUCCCAACGUGAAGAAGCUAAAAAAGUUGUCAAGAAAGCUUUUGAAGAAAAAUACCAAUCUGGUAAAAACAAAUGGUUCUUCACUAAAUUAAACUUUUGA